AUGGCUUCCACCGAGAAGUGUUCUCAUCGGGACUCGCUCUCAGGCACUGCUGAGCUUCUAUGCGUUUGGAGUAAUUUAGAAAUAAAACCAAACUGGACACGAGGCGCCAAACUGCUUAAUGAACCGUCACCUCUUUGCAAUAGCCUCUUUCUGCAUGUGACUAGACGUCGAAUUCCGGCAAGGCACCUGACCAACUCUCCAACGGUUUUCUCAUUCCGUCGGCACUUGAUUGAACAGCCACUUCCACUUCGCCUCAACCGGUCUCCUCGCAACUCUCAGCGGGAUUCGAGCCUGCGUCGUGAGUAUCGUUACGAAGCUAAAACAUUUGUGUAA